AUCAGCAAGUGGAAAUCUUGUCUGAGGUCAGGGGAGAUUUUUUUUAAAUGUAUACCACCAGAGGGCACUAUAAACUAAACUAACCUACAACUUUCCCCUCAAUAGUGGAUUUUGGAGCGGAAUCUUCAAUGCUUUGCGACAGCAAGGGAGUCUUUACGGUUUUUCAAAUUAAUUACAUUAAGAAAAGUAAACAAACUCUGCCUCGCCAUCUGGUAACUCUGCUGGAGCUGUAGUGACAAUGAUUCUUCGACAUCUAGUUUCAAUUGGACUUGGUCCUCGCGUGUCUUCUCCAGUGACACGUGGGCCUUUGGUAGAGCUGACCAGGUCUGCCAGUUCAGAUAUGUCUGAAUUCCGAAAAGUCUUCUCUAAAGCCAGGCACAUAGCCAUCAUUACUGGGGCGGGUGUGAGUGCAGAGAGUGGAGUGCCUACCUUUAGGGGUGCUGCGGGCUACUGGAGGAAAUGGCAAUCUCAGGACAUAGCCACCCCUGAGGCCUUCUUUCGGAACCCUUCCCUGGUGUGGGAGUUCUACCAUUACCGACGAGAAGUGAUGCUGAGUAAGGUGCCCAAUAAGGCCCACCUGGCCAUUGCAGAGUGUGAGGCCCGGUUGAGGAAGCAGGGCCGCUCUGUGGUAGUCAUCACGCAGGUCAUAGAUGAUCUGCACCGCCAGGCCGGAUCCAGACAUGUCCUCAAGAUCCACGGAAGUCUGUUUGAGACGCGCUGUGUGAGCUGUGGACAUGUGGCUGAGAACCAAGGCAGCCCAAUAUGCGCUGCCCUAGAGGGGAAAGGUUCUCCUGACCCAGAUACCAGUGAUGCCAAAAUUCCCCCAGAGGAGCUGCCAAGGUGUGAGAAGAUCGACUGCCAUGGUCUGCUCAGGCCCAAUGUGACCUGGUUCGGGGAAACUCUGGACUCGCACGUCUUAACCAAGGUGGAGACGGUGCUGGACACCUGUGAUCUGUGUCUGGUGGUUGGCACCUCCUCCAUAGUGUACCCGGCAGCCAUGUUUGCCCCCCAGGUGGCGUCCAGGGGCGUGCCAGUAGCAGAGUUCAACAUUGAGACCACCUCUGAGACCACACGCUUCACGUACCAUUUCCAGGGCCCGUGUGGGGCCACGCUACCCCUGGCGUUGGCGCGUCACGAGUCUGAAGUCGUCUGAGCGGUCAAGGGGUGGAGUCUGAUGGUGUCCGAACCUCUGGGGCUCCUCCCAUAUCCACUCCACGGCCGUUUGAUUCCAUGGUGAUUAUUCCCUUAUCCAAAAAACAUGCCUUAAGACACUUUCAAACGCGCUCCUCUUGGUGGAGGGAGCGCUGCUGUCUGCAGCAGAGGACUGAAUAGUCGAAUAGUCUUCUGGAUACUUGAUACUUAUUCGGUUAACUAAACUGGAACUGAGAUGUUAUGUGUUAUUGUCUCUUCUUGAAAGGCAGAAAAGAGUAUUCAGCUGCAAUAAGGAGAAGUAUUUCUUGAUAUAGGACGGGCAAAUGUUUUCUUCUCCGGAGUUUUGAGCGUGUCAUGUCUUUAUACAUCAUAAUAUAAUAAUAGUACAUGCCAUUUAGCAGACGCUUUUAUCCAAAGCGACUUAGUCAUGUGAGCAUACAUUUCUCUCUCUCACUGCUAAUUCAGUAUAUUUCAGAUGUACAGGCUUUGCUGAUUGCUCUGUUUCUGUGACAUUAAUGAGGCCAGUGCGCAUGCUGUACAUGACACACACACAUUAUAUAACAUGCUGAUGUAGCUUGUGAGAUCAGAUGAUAUUAUUCUUUGUAGCGUACAGUAAUAUAAUCAUAUAGCUGAACCUUUUUCUCACUCUCUAUGGAGGAUAUACUGUAUUAACUCCAACACAGAACAAUACCUAAUCCAUGUGCCUGGCCAACUGUUUUCCACAACCUUGGCCAAAUACACACAACCAUGACCAAAUACAUGCUUUGAACCUCAAGUACAUAGCAACGUCACAGAGAGAGAGUCAGUUCAUUGAACUGGCUAUUGCUGAACCUGGACUAUUGUAUUCCCGUCCAUGUACAGUAUUUACCAUAUCAAUAUCUAUCAAUAGGUAUACUGUGGUUACAUGGCAUGAGAAUGUGUGGAUGAAAAUAUCAUGUCUCUGCAUACAGUUUGGAGGAAGUUACUAACUAGUGUUAGCGCAAUUGCUACUAGCGUUAGCACCAUGACUGGAAAUCUAUGGUAACUGCUAGCAUGCUAGUAGAUACCGUAGACUUCCAAUCAUUGUGCUAAUGCUAGUUAGCAUUGGCUCGCAAAUUACCUCUAACUUCCUUCAUACUGCAUGCAGAGACAUACAAAUGGUAUCCAUGAGUUCAUCUGACUCCGGGGAAGUUGAUCAAAUCAUUACCAAAAUCCCAAAGUGUCCCUUUAAAAAUAUAAUUUGUAUUACUCAUUGAAUAUAUUGUUUUGCCUAAUCACGCACAAUAACUCUGUUGUUGGAAAUGUUCUAUACCGAACCAAGUGUAUACUUCGAUAUCAUGAUUGUAUUUGUACUUUUUUACAACUACUGCUAGCUACUUUAGGUGUUUUUGCUUUUAUGCAACGUAAUGAGAUCUCAUGCAACGCUUCAAAAUAUAAUACUGUCAACAACA